GCUGAUUGAUACGUUUGGCUGUUUUACAUCCACCAGUAACGAGCCCAUACUGACAGUGACCCCCAGUAGAGAGUAAUGUCUGUCCCGGACCACAGUCCCCAUCAGGGUGCUGGACCCAAUCUUGUGACUUUUGAGGUUAUGCGGAACCGCUCGGAGCUCUUCAGAGCAGAAUGCACGAGGCUAAUGCUGGAAACUGACAAAGCAUGCAAACGCAUGCUAAAUGAUGACAGCAAGCGACUAGAUCAGCGGCUUGGAGACAUCCAGUUUGUGAAGAAGGGUUUGGAGCUGAAGUUGGAGGAGAUUAUUGUGGAAAUUUAUGUCCUCGAAGCGUUGCAGAGCAGAGUGGCAAAAGCCCUGAAGGCCUGCGACGAGCCUCUGAAAGUCACCGUGGUCUGUCUGGAGGAGAGAAGGAAACGUCCCCCCUCUGAGAGGCUACAUGACAAGGUGGAGAGAGAGCUGCUGAAGGAGAAGAAGGUCAUUGAGGGAGUGGCUUCCUUUCUGCAGAGUGUAGCAGAGCAGAUCACUGAGCAGAUAAGACUGAACCGAUCCGCCAAGUACCAGCUGGAGAAGGAUCUGAAGGAGAAAUUUGAGGCUCAGUGCAUUGACAACUCCUGUGCCUUGAUGACCCACCAUUCCAUCAACAACCUGCAGAGGUCCAACACUGAACUUGUUCCGCAGAGCUUGGCAGUGACAUCAAAGCAGUGGCAGAACAUCUCGGACAUCAACAUGGCCAAAGCGGAGCAGCAGCUCGCCAACUCUCUGUCCCUGCGUUCCCUGGUGGAGUCUCUCCUGGAGCAGACGGCCUCCGACAUACAGAGGCAGGUCCAGGCCACAGCGGCAGCCCUCCAGCUGAGCGUCCUGGAGAUCAAGUCUGCCAAGAGCCAGAUGGAGGAACAGCUGGCCAAGAUUUUGUCUGAGUUUGACAGCCAGCAGAGGAUCGGGGAGAAUCUGCGAGUGGCCAUCACAGAGAGCGAGCAAGGUCUGAGUCUGGUCCAGGCCCGGCUGGCUUUGCGCCGCCAGAGGCCCGGCAAAGAGCAGUGCCAUGAUGCGGCCCAGUCCCACCUCCUCGCCGAGGUCCAGCAGCUCAUCGCUCACAUCAGCAUACUGCACGAGGCAGCGGCCCAGUCAGACGAGGAGCAGAGGGCUCUGGUUCGCUGCCAGCUGGAGCUGCAUGAAAGCAUCGAGAUGAAGGCCAACUGUCUCUACAUUGACGAGGUCGUCUGCCCCCAGCACAGGGAGUCCAUCGUCAUCCACAACUUCUGAGCAUUUAGCAACAGAAAGAGUAUACUGUACAUAGACCAAGUAUUUCUUCAUUCAAGUUAUUGCAAGUAUUCUCUGUAAUGUUUUCCUCUCACUCUAAAAUAAAGCCACUGUACUUCA